AUGUUAAAGACAAAUCAAACAAGAUCACACAUGACUAUAUUUAGGCUUACACAUUGAGAGAGAAUUUGAUGAGUCAAAGUGUUUAGAUGAACAGUUCCAAAAGUCAAAAGUGCACGAAUAUAGCGGGACGGAUGGAGUAUCAUAUAUAUUGUGUAAGUAAAUCAUUAAAUUUUAUAACUAUUAUCCUUCAGAGACCUGAGGUUGUCGGUGUAGACCAUAAUGGCAGAGGGAAAUCAUUUACAUCCUUGCUUGCGGAGGUUAUUCAAAGUGGUAAGGAUGAUGAGCAUUCUUAAAUUAGACAGACCUUGUCUCCAUGUAAGAAAUGGGUGCUAUUUGAAGCGGCAGGAGACGAAUGGGAAGCACUCAGGUCCUGUUCGGCACUCACCUGUAGCGACACAGAAGGGAUAUACAUUCUUAUGUGUGAGACCAUCUCCAACCAUAGCAAAAUAACUUGCUAUAUGUUAUAAUUUGACAAUCAUAUACAUAAUUUGACUAGCUUGCUAAAAAAUGAAAACACAUUGCUAUUUAUAACAAGCAUGCUAGAAUAUAGCUAAACAAAAAUU